AUGCCUGUCCCCCCACCCCUCAAUCCCCGCAGACAAAAACACCUGCCCCACACACACAUCCACCCCGAACAAAGGGCAAAACAUUCCACCUUCCCCUCUUUCUUUCCUCCAUCCAUCCUCUCUUUCUCUCUUCUCCCCCCUCUCCUUGUCUCAUCUUUGCCCUCCUCAUCCCAUCUCAUCCACUGUGCCUGCUCCAGAGCUACAAAACGAACCCUUCCCGACUCUGUCCCUUUUCCGGCUUUCCACUGGCUUACUCUGGUCACAUGCUGCCUGCUGCCUUCUCUGAUUGGAGCAGGGGAGACGUGGGGCGUGGUCUCAGCCUGUCCCUUCCACUGCGUAUGUCGAAACCUUUCAGAGUCGCUCAGCACACUCUGUGCCGACAAGGGCCUCCUGUUCGUCCCCCCGCACGUUGACCGGCGCACCGUUGAGCUGCGACUAGCGGACAACUUCAUCACGGAAGUGGGAGGAAUUGACUUUGUCAACAUGACUGGAUUGGUUGAUUUGACUCUGUCCAGAAACACCAUCCACCUGAUUCGACCGAUGGCCUUUGCUGACCUGGAGAGUCUGCGGUCCUUGCAUCUGGAUGGUAAUCGCUUGACAAUAGUUGGACCCAGGGACCUUGCAGGUUUGGUGAAUCUGCAGCACCUGAUCAUCAACAACAACCAGCUGGUCAAAGUCUCUGUCCAGGCCUUUGAUGACUUUUUGCUCACAUUAGAAGACCUUGACAUGUCAUACAAUAACCUCAGAAGGGUACCAUGGGAGUCCAUUCAGAACAUGGCCAGUCUGCACACUCUGAACCUGGACCAUAACCUGAUAGACCACAUUGCAGAAGGAGUCUUUGGAGAGUUGUAUAAGCUUGCAAGGCUGGAUAUGACCUCCAACAGGCUUCGAACUCUGCCUCCUGAUCCCCUCUUCGCAAGGUCCCAGACAGGUGCAAUAAGCCCCACCCCCUACAAUGCUGUCAUAAGCCUAAAUUUUGGGGGUAACCCACUGCACUGCAAUUGUGAACUGCUAUGGUUGCGACGGCUUAUCCGUGGAGACGACAUGGAGACGUGUGCCACACCUGCUCACCUGGCCGGAAGGUAUUUCUGGUCAAUUCCUGAGGAGGAGUUUACUUGUGAGCCACCUCUCAUCACCCGUCACACCCACAAGCUGUGGGUCCUAGAAGGCCAGCGAGCUACACUGAAGUGCCGUUCCAUCGGCGACCCCGAGCCAGUAGUACACUGGGUUUCACCAGAUGACCGCAUCAUUGCAAACUCAUCCCGGACCAGCUCCUUCAGCAACGGGACCUUGGAUAUCUUAGUAACAGUUGCCCGGGAUGACGGGGCAUACACAUGUAUUGCAAUAAAUGCAGCGGGCGAAGCAACUGCCACUGUGGACCUCAAAAUAAUCCCCCUGCCUCACCGGGGAGGAGCAGGUGGAAACACAGGGAAUAACAAUGUAAACACCAAGAACAAUAGGAAUGUGACCAGUGGGAUUUUACGGACCGAUCCGGGCUCCUCGGAUAUCAGCACAGGGAAAAACGGAGGAAUUAAUAAUGGUGUAGGACGUGGAGGAGAGGUGGAGGAUGGGAGAAGAGAAGGAGGGGAGGACAAUGAGGGUGACAGUGGCAGAGUAUCUGAAGUGGAGAGGGCUGAUGGAGGGAGCAUGGAGGACGACGAGGGGGACAAUGAGGAAGGGAGGAUGGUUGGAGUACAAGGGGUUACGUCAACCUCGGCUCAGGUCCGAUGGGAUCUGGGGCGUUUGUCUGCAGCUUACGUUGUCUGGAUGUAUCAGAUACAAUACAACUGCACCGCUGACGAAACCCUCAUCUACAGAAUCCUACCAUCCACCAGCGACCGUUUCCUGUUGAAGAACCUGGUUUCGGGAGUGGACUAUAACUUGUGCGUGCUGGCCAUUUUUGAUGACACAAUUACAUCAUUAGCAGCAACAAAAGUCCUGGGCUGUACCACAUUCUCCACCAAGGAUGUCUACCCAGCGUGCCGCUCUCUCCAAGCCCACUUCCUGGGAGGGACACUCACUAUUUUGGUUGGCGGCGUUGUUGUGGUCACCCUACUCGUGUUUACUGUGGCGCUAAUGGUUCGCCACCGAGUGUGCAACCAUGGCGACCACAUGAUAUGUCACAACAGCAACACUGAGGCAGGAGGCGGGGCGUGCUGUCAAGGAGGAGGUGUAGGGGCUGGGGACAAAGGGGGGAACAGUAGUGGAUGCUACCAAUCAAAUGGUUCAGGGGACAUGAUGAUGGUGGUCUUACCCAAUGGUCUGCCUACCAAGAGAGGUGGGGAGAAGGACAAGGACAAGGACAAGGACAAGGACAAGGAAAAGGAAAAGAAGAAGGAAGCAGCCGAUUCUGCUUCCUCUCUGCCUCCGAAACUCCCUCCAAAGCCCAGGCCCAAACCUAAAGUCAACCUGGAGCAGUUUCUUUCAGCUGGAGGAGUGGUUUCUACAAUGGCAGGGACAGGAGGGGAGAUGGCUUUGGUGGUGAGACAGAGAAAGCUGGAGAAGGCGCCGCCAUACACCCCAGAAAGUGACAGAACUCCCCUCUACUACUCCCCAUCCCCUCCAUCUACCCUGCCCCGUCAGUCUCGCUCCAGGGAACGCCCAAGACCCCGUCUGGAGCGAGAACUGACCAAUCGUGCCAGUUUCUCUCUGGCUGCACCCCUGAGAGACUCAGAUCUCUUGGACUGGAGAAUCGCUCCCAGAGGCAGAGACAAAUGGAACUCUUCUCAGGCUUAUCAGAGCCCUGUAUCCCCUCUAAAUCCUAGCUGUGGGACGGUUAGUAAACGGCGCCACUCACUGGAUAUGGGCUCCUCUGUCGCCUUAGCGACUGAUGCAGCAGCGACUGUUGCCAAGCGCUAUGGUGCUGUCAGUUACGCCAAGCGGCUGAGCGUGAUCUGGACGAGGCGGAGCCAGUCACUUCAUGGAAUGCUGGUGCAGUGCGCAUCCACGACAAGCACAACUUCCUCGACAACCAGUGACGAGACCGAAAACGGCGGUGGAUAUGGAGCCCAUUGUGAGUUACAACGGGGAUACAUCCACGCUUACAACACCACCAACUCCAACUCUAACACCGGAAUCACUACUGGGAAGGGCAGCAGUGUAAAAGACAGGGGGAGGGAGAAGGGAAAGGAUGGAAGGAGUGCUGAAGAACUGGAGGAAAGUGUUGUGUAGUUCGAGGUAGAAAGAAAUAUACAGAAAGUUAAGAGGGAUAAAGGGUUCUAAAAGAGUACAGCUGAAUGGGAUUUGAACAGGGCUAAGAGGUGGAGAUAGUGGAAAAAACGAAAAAGCCAGAAAGG